AUGAAGGAACUUGUAAAAGUCUUUGGAAUAUUUUUGGUAUUGUUUUAUUCUUGCGGACUUUGCACUACUUUGCUUUCGAUAAACGUCAAAAAUCAGGGGGGAGAUGUUUUUCCAGAGACUAUUGUUUCAAAUGUUACUGAAGAUACUAUUACUCUAGAGUUUCAAAGAUCUGAUGGAACUUUGGUGACACAAUUAAUUGACUUCAGAAAUCGUGGUCAAAAUCAAUUGCAAGUAUUGUGUUUUGUAAAUCACUUUUCUAAAACGGAUUUUAUAUCAUCGGACGCGAUGUCCAAGCUGAGACAAAAGAAUCCCGGAACAGUCCGAGUCGCCGAGGAAGAUCGCGGUUACACUAAUUAUACAAUGGAUUUAUUCAUAGAUAUCAGCAAGUCUUUGGUGAUAUCUAAGCACAUUUCGACAUUUUGCUCAGAAGCCGCGGAUAAAAAUGAUGGAAAAAAAGUUGUCUCUCCGUACAGAUGCGGUAUAAAAACUUGCAAGAGAUAUUAUAUAUUUACUUAUCAAGCCAAGCAGAAACAAAACUGUCUUUGGGAUGAUUGA